AUGACGAAUCCACAGCAUCAGUGCCAUGGGGUCCUUGCGCAAGCCAUUUGUGACGCUGACCCGGCUGCGCAAAUUUCGCCAGAACUAGUCCAUCAUUUGGCGACCAGAUUAGAACCGCUCUUCAACCAAAGGGUUGCUGUUUUCGGCCGGGAAAGCAAAGCUCAAGAAUUGGUGCCGCAGCUUGUUGCUUGCCCUGGGUGCGGAGGACGACUUGCUGAAUGUCGGAGCUCCGCUGCUGCAGCUAUCGUCGUAGAUCUGUCGGGUUUGGUCCAGAAACAACACAUUCCACUGAGAUGUCGGCGAUCCUCCUGUCCAGACUUUGGUGUGCUGCUGUGGUACAACUAUACCGUGCGGAGUGGGUGCCAUCAUUUUGCAGGAGAGCUACCUGAGUUGAACUGCUUCAUGUUGUCCGCCACCUUCGGCUUCAGUGUCCCCUGGUUGCAACAGUUUCACGUACGCAUGGUGAGGCAACAUGCGUCUUUCACAAGUGAAGCAGAUGUGCUCGGCGCGCAGGCAGCUUACAAUUCCCAGCUCCAUCUCUUACCAACAGCUCGAUUGCGGCUUCUCAUUAGCCAGGGGUGGUUUGCUUGGCGUCUCCUCACCCGGGUGCGCCAAAGCAAUUUGGACCUAGCAUCUUUUGAUUUCUUGCGGCCCAUGGAGGACAUGAUUGGCUUAUUCUUGCCGCAGUUGCAAAGAGCAUUUGGCACGACUACCUUGGAGGAAGCCCAAAAAGCCACGAUGCGCUGUGACGUUGUUGUGCUCGACAGCAAUGCAAAAAGUCGUCGAGCUGUUUGCGGAGCCUCAUUGGAAGUGACCAUUCUUCAGCACAAGCUCAUCAAUGACGGACAGUGCUUGAUGGUCUUGCUGAAAGAGACUGCGAAGUUGAAACCCAGCAAACGCCCACGGCGAGAAGAGGAGGCAGACGGCAGAGGCGGCUCUUCCUCAUCGCUUGGACCUUCGAUGCUUGCGAGUUUAACGUUGCAAGAGAUUGGACGCUCGUCAGACCCAACAGAUUUGCAGUGCGUGACUUGCUGCGCACACAAGGAAGGCAGCGCUGCUCAAAGGCAGCUUGCCAAAUCUGCUGGAAUGUUGUGCGCGUGUUUGUCUGCGGGUUUGAUUUUGCACAUGCAAGAAAUCUACGGCUGUGAGUCGUUGAGCCAGAGAUACCUAUGUCUGGCGUCUGUGAAAGCCCUCCUGCCGUCCCUUUGCGUGGCGGUCCACGAUGAUGCUUGCCAUUUGCACAAGUACGAUUCAGAAGCUGCUGCCCAGAUAGCCCCGCCAGAGAUGAAGUACGUGUGCGACAAGUUCCACAUGGCUGGCCAUACCGAUGCUUGGUGUAAAGAGACGUGCGACCCAGCCUUGCCUGCAAACGCUUCUCUUCUUCAAGGCAUUCGGACUUCGGUCUGUGAAUUCACUUUUACCUGGUUGAGCAAGUACAAACACCAAACCAAGCACAUGAACAAGCACGGCUUCCAAUUCUUCUUGCUCGAUAUGGCGUGGAGCCACAAUGAAAUUAUACUCCAAGGAGGCUACAGACCAGAGGAGGUCGCCGGCUCUGCGGCGUUGGAAGGGACCGACUGA